AUGAUCGAGAUUGAUGUUAAGUUGGGACUGUUUUUCCGUUUAGGGCUUACCCUCCCCACCACACUCAAAGUGGCUUGGCAUACCGCACACAAGCAAACCUUCCGCUGCAAAUCUUUAACAUCUCGCGGCCGCGACGAUAAUACACCAACACCAGCAACAGCAACACUUUUCCCAAAUUCAACGAACCAGAACUCGCGAUGGGAAGGCAAAGUCAUCCGUAAUCAGAGAAAGGGUGCCGGGUCUAUCUUCACUGCCCACACCAGGCUGCGAAAGAACCCUGCCAAAUUCAGAACCCUCGACUACAGUGAGCGCCAUGGCUACAUCCGCGGUGUUGUGAAGGAUAUAAUCCACGACCCCGGUAGAGGAGCCCCCCUUGCCAAGGUUGUCUUCCGUGACCCUUAUCGUUACAAGCUUCGCCAUGAGACUUUUAUUGCCAACGAGGGAAUGUACACCGGGCAAUUCAUCUACGCCGGAAAGAAGGCCUCUCUUAGCAUUGGAAACGUCCUUCCUCUUGGAUCCAUGCCUGAAGGUACCGUCGUCACCAACGUUGAGGAAAAGACUGGUGAUCGUGGUGCGCUCGGAAGGACCUCUGGUAACUACCUCACCAUCAUCGGACACUCACCCGAUGAAGGAAAGACCCGUAUCAGGCUCCCCUCUGGUGCAAAGAAGGUCGUUCCCUCUGCUGCCCGUGGCAUGAUUGGUAUUGUCGCUGGUGGUGGAAGAACCGACAAACCUCUCCUUAAGGCUUCUCGUGCUAUGCACAAGUACAAGGUUAAGAGGAACAGCUGGCCCAAGACUCGUGGUGUUGCAAUGAAUCCCGCCUCUACCAUCUCUCGUUACGCUUCGCAAGGUCAAAAGGCUGGUCUUAUUGCCGCUCGUCGUACUGGUCUCCUUCGUGGCACGCAAAAGACCAAGGAUUAAACGUAAUUGGGGUUUGUUACGGUCUUCUGUUUUUUUGUUGGUUGGGUUCUUUUUCUUUUUCUUUUUCUUUCCUUCUAUACAAAAGGGGAUGCCUAGGGAUUGGGAACAAAAAAAAAAAAAGGUUCAAAACAAAUCCAUGGUUACAUAUCCCUCGGGGAAAUGCGUUUUUGCAUCGUCAUAUGAGGACGCCACGAUUUUCACAACCCAAAAGUUCGGGCUUGUUACACCCGCGGAUGCUGUUGGAUUGGUUUCUUCUGAUUUUCUGGUGGGCUAGCGUAGAUGAUGGUAUGGAGAUGGGAAGGUGGGGCGUUGGUUGUUUGUGGAUAAACUCGAGUACAGGCAUGAUGAGAGUCGCACACCUAGACGAGAGAAUUCGAUAUGAAC